CAGAGAUCUGACCUCCGAAAAGUAACCAUGGAGUUACACCUGAGGAUGAUCAUCUUAUUCUUGGGUAACUAAAACACUUUCAAGAGUUUCUCCCUGUCUGUCUCUGAAAUAGAAAAAAACUCAUCUUGUUGUACGAGGUUUAUUUUUCAUGUUGUUUAUUUAGUAUUCUUAUUUUUUCACUCAUGAUUAGCCACUCGGUCUUUAAAGCUGUUAUUCUUGUGGGUCUGUUGACCUGAAAGGUUUGGACCAGACUCAGACAGCCUUAUUAGUUUGAACAGAAAGAGUCCAAAUGCAGAUUUUAACCAACUGCAGCAUCUAUUUUCAGUUUGUGAAAACGUAAUCCUAGAGACAAAAAGAGGAACACUCAAUCUGACGCCUUUCUAAAAAGUUUCCUGCAGUCCUGUGCGGUUGAGUCUAACAAAAAAAUCUACUGGAGUUUUUAUUCGUUUUUCUGAAACUUUUCAGUCAUUUUAAAUUAAAGCUACUUUCAAUGAGGGUGUUAUUGUCUUUUUAUUGACAGUAAUUUCUCCUCAAAGCUCUCUGAUGCAACAUUUAGCACUUUUAGUCAUUAAAAUCCUCAAAUAUGAAAAUAAAACAAAAUAUUCUACAUCAAAAUCAUCAGAUUUGAGAAGAAAGCGGCUUGUUUUUGAUGUAGCUCAUGUUUGAAUAAAGAUUUGUGUUUCGUCUUUGAGAAUAACAUUGAUGCUGUUACUCUGAGGAAGCAGAGAGUCUGUUUCUCAUGUUUUUAAAGAGAGCUGCUCAUCUGUUUUCUGUCUGUUUACAGCAGAGGAGAGUCCUCAGAUAAUACCCUAAAAUAAAGUAAAGUGAGGACAGUGAACGCACCACGGGGACUCUCCUGGAGAUGGUUUUGAGUCUGUAGAUGUUUAUGAAAGUCUCCAACUAUCUGAUGAUGGACCUUUCUGUUGUUUCUGUCUGAUUCUAACAGUGAUGGUCCCAUCUGCUGCUGAGGAGGAGAAGAGUGAGCUGACUGGUGUUCAAGGAGGAUCUGUCACUUUUCCUGAUCCUGUGAUGGAGUUAGGAUUUGUUAUCUUUGGAGGAAAGACUAUUGCUAUGGUGAAUGACAGAAAAUUUAAGAUAAUAGAGGAAACUUACAAGGACAGACUUUUCUGGAACGACACAACUGGACUCUUUACACUCAGAGGAUUGCAGAGGAGCGACUCUGGGGUUUAUACUAUUGACUCCAAAACAGAGAAAGUUUUCACUCAUCGCCAUAAACUCACAGUUUACGGUAACAUUUAACUUCUGACAUAUUUCUUGAUUCUUGAUCACAAUUCACCUGCUAGAAUCUAAAUAAGAAAAAUAAUCAUGGGAUCUGAGUCUUUAAGCAGGAUGUGUGUAUGUAACUGUCAGUGUGUGUGUGUGUGUGUGUAUGUGUGUGUGUGUGUGUGUGUGUGUGUAUGUAUGUGUGCCUCCUCCCCAUAGCCUGUAUCAUCCCCUGAAGUGAACACUCUGAACGUGAGCGCAGAGAGCUGCACUUUUCUGUGUUCGCUGAAUAAAGCUGAAGAGACGACUCUGCUGUGGUACAAAGACCAGGAAAUACUGAACCAGAUCAGCUCAGCUCUCUCUCUGCCUCUCACUGUCCACAGACAGGAGGUCACUUCCUCUUAUAGAUGUGAGGCAAGAAACCCUGCUGAAGCAAAGACACUUGAUAUUGACGUUAGCAGUCUCUGCAGAGGACAGGAGGACAAAGACAUCAACAGUAAGACUGACAGUUUUUAUCAUCUCAGUGAGACAGAAAGUGUGUUUGUGUUUGACUGAUGUUGGUGCUGAAUGUUCCUGACAGGUCACAAAAACUCUCGGCCCUGGUUCUUCCUGAGUUUAACUCCUCUGCUCCUGUUUUGUGGAGCUGCAGCUGUUUGGAUCAUUUGGACCAGCUUCAAGAGAGGAAGGAAGAAGAGGAGAGAGAGGGAGGAAGAAGAGGGGAGAGAGAGAGACACUGUGAGGGCUGAUCUCCACUGAAGGCAGUGACAAACUCCACCCUCAGACCAACUUUGGUUUUUCUGGUUUCAUGAACAUUUAAGUAGGACACGACUGACUCACUCCUGGAGUCUCGUCUCAGCUGUUGUUCCAUUAUUCUGUGUGAAAUGGCAUGAGCUUUUGUAGCUUCAUUUUCUGACCACACUUGUGUUAUUCCUGUAUCCUCAGUAGAGAUCUUUGGUCUUCUUUUGUUCAUCAAAUCCACUUUAUAAAUAAAUUUAACUUUUCCUUCAUGA